AUGUCACAGCCUCGGAUGCGAAAGGCGAGUGCUGCCGGAGAGGUGUCUAGGGUUCGGUCUACUUUCGUCAAGAGUUCUGGCGAUUCUACAUUAAAUCCUAAACGUCAACAACAUCCUAGAAGUCGCAGUAAAAAUAAGAUACCGAGGAACUUACGUUAUGACUUGGACAAUGCUUUAGUUGGGUUAUGCGACGUGUGGUUCGAGGAUAUCAAGCCGCAUUUAAUCCGCAACAACAUAAAGGUGCACAUCCAUGGUGACGGCGCAAGUCCAGCCAGCGGGGACUACAAGCGGGUGCCGCCUGGAGCGCCUGGUUGCUCCCACUACGACCCAGGUGCUGCCUCCGAUCAUCAUCAGCAUCAAAGUGUCAACUUUGCCGACUGCUAUUCAACGCCGCCAACAGCAUCGAAAGCGCCGUGUCGCAAGCCGCCAGCGCAAGCGUCCCCAACCUCGCCACUGCAGUUAAUACUCCAAUCUCUGAAUCAACACCAGAGAUAUAAGAACACCAAAUCCCAUCCCGAAAAUACUGUUGCGAAUACGAAAUCGCAGAAAACACCAGUUCGACCGUUAACGGAGGAAAAAUGGCAUCCUUGGUUUACCCAACCUCAUUUUACCUCUGCCAAAAGUCGCACCGAGUCCUAUUAUCGUUCAGUACGUACUCGUGAGAGAGGAUCACAGACAUAUUUUCGAAGAUCUCUAGACCCAAGAAUUGUAAUGGUAGAUCAAAGCACUCAGACCAAACGUCCUAUAAGGCGUCACGCCAGCGCGCGGGUGUCGUCAAACGUCCCGGCCGCGUCCUUCGACCGCUGUCCCGGUAAAACCACCCUGUUGCCGAGGAAAUUAAAACAUCGACAGUCAUCUCCACCGUUAUUGACUGAUAGCCGUAAUAAAAAAAUCAAGGAACAACAAAAAGUCAACAAGAAUGAAAUAGAAGUUUUGUAUUAUAGUCCAAAUUCAUCGAGAUUUAACUCUUCAGUCACUCUUUUAGAAACUCCCAAAGGCAAACGGAAACGGAAAGGCAGUGGGAAAAUACCGCCGUGGCGGUGA